AUGUGGGAGUUCUCGGUGGGGCUGUACAUGAUCCGCAUCUGGCCGGACUCGCUGCUCUUCGCCGCCGUCUACGGCGUCGUCGAGGCCUCAUCCGUCGCCGUUUUCGGCCCCAUGGUCGGCACCCUCGUCGACAGGCUCACUUACCUGCAGGUUUUGGGCCUGUGGCUGCUAGUUCAAAGCUCAUCCUUCAUCGUCGCUGGCAUCUCAGUAACCGCACUGCUUGUCUACGAUGACCUGAAAGUUACAAGCUUCCCGAUCUUCGUGGCUCUAGUCAUCCUCACCAACGCGUCGGGCGCGCUCGCUGCGCUCUCAACUCUCGCCGGCACCAUACUGAUCGAGCGAGAAUGGGUGGUGGUGAUCUGCAGUGGGCAUCCGGCGGCGGUGCUGACCAAAACUAACUCGGUGAUCCGGAGGAUUGACCUAAGCUGCAAGUUAUUGGCGCCGGUGCUGUCGGGGUUUGUGAUAAGCUUCGUGUCGACGGAGGCCUCCGCAGUGGCGCUGGCGCUGUGGAACGUUGCCUCGGUGGGGCUGGAGUACUGGCUCUUCGUCUCGGUAUACAACGGCGUGCCCGCUCUCGGCGAAAACGUCCAGCUGAGAAGGGAGUCGUCGGUGGGGGCAGCAUUACCUUCGUCGGAGAUUGUGGCGACGUCCGAUGAGGAGGUGCAGACGUAUGGUCAGGACGCAGCGGAUUGGAGGGUCGGUGUGACGAAGCACCUCUCCAUCCUGCCCUGCUGGGAGUCCUGGGUUGUGUACAUGAGGCAAGAUGUGAUGCUGCCGGGGGUUGCCCUUGCUAUCCUCUACUUCACUGUCCUAAGCUUUGGUACGCUGAUGACGGCAACUCUUGACUGGAAAGGCAUCCCCGCGUACGUGAUCAGUCUGGCAAGGGGUUUCAGCGCUAUUGUCGGGAUCGCUGCAACCUUGCUGUACCCAGUCGUGCACUCGCGGGUGUCGACGCUCCGAACAGGGCUCUGGUCCAUCUGGAUGCAGUGGUGCUGCCUGCUGCUAUGCGUCGGCUCCAUCUGGGUGAGUGGCGGCGUGGCGUCGGCGUGGGUGCUCAUGGCCGGCGUUGCCGCGUCGCGACUUGGCCUCUGGAUGUUCGACCUAGCGGUCAUGCAGCUGGUGCAGGACAAUGUCCGGGACUCGGACCGGUGCAUCGUCGGAGGGGUACAGAACUCGCUGCAGUCCAUCUUCGACCUGCUCACCUACAUCAUGGGCAUCAUCAUCUCCGACCCCAGGGAUUUCAGCGAGCUCAUUGUGCUGUCCUUCUUCCUGGUGACCUGCGCCGCCCUCAUGUACACGCUGCAUGUUUACCGCGUGCGGAAGCACUUGUUCCACCUAGACAAGAUCAUUGCCAAGCUGGGAUGGUGA